AAUCAUUUGGUGUGACCCAGCAUCCAACAUUAUGUGAUAAAAUCGCUCCAAUGCCGCUAAUCUAAAUGUACGCCCCGAAUAUAUACGUGGGACACGCCAAUGUCCCAAGAUCGAGAGCUAGAGCCGACUGCCAAGGCGAAAGAAGAAGAGGUAGAAGAUCAGUCAGUGAGCAAUCAUUGGCAAAGCAAUGUAAUAACGAAAGGCGGCAUAAGUUUGUGGAUUAUCGCGGCAACCAGAGCAUAAGUCCUUGUCACAGGUACACGCCCAAUGAAUCCAAUUACAUCACGGAUCUGGCGGUCGAUCCUUGCAUCAAUCGCAACGGGGCAGAACAACAGCCGGGGACACACCAUAUGAAUACUAUCCAUACACUACUUUUAUAAAGAAUCCUAUUGUAAUUAAGAGCGAUUGGGCCAUGGAGAAUUGCCCAUCAAGUAGCAAUCCUCCUCCUGGGGGCACUGCCUUCGCAAAUGAGGACCAAUAUGCCGGAUACUCCUGCAGCAAUUUAACAACAGUAAGUCAGACUCAAAGCUGUCAUGGUUAUGGCACCGGAACAGAAAACACGUGCAGAUGGAGGAAUCCACAACCAGGUACUCCCUCUUGUUCUCAUCAACACGAUCGGGAGAACUAUGCCGAAUAUCAGCAUCCUAGAAAAAAGAAAAAGGAAAUCAUUGUCGAAGAAUCCUACCCACUCUCAAGAGACCGAUCACACACCAAGACGGCAAAUAACUGCCAUGUUAGGACUCCUAUAGUUACAACGUCCGAUACGAGACGUGAUUAUAUUGCUAAGGAUCAGCCCCAAAGAAACCAUUACCAACGCAACAGGGAAGAGUACGUCCAGCCAAAGCAUACGAAAAAUUACGAAUCACAUUGUGCGUCCAACGACCAUGCCAUACGAAAUCAGUCGUACAUCUGCUACCCAACCCCCUAUGAGCCCGAUCACAACUACCCUCCAACACCAAGAUCCCCUAGUUGUCAGCCCCCAAGGGAAACCUAUACUCCAAGCUCGCAUAAAUUUAGCAGGCCGCCAAGCGAACGUGUACGAAGCAAUAGGCCCCAUUCAAGUGCCAUGAGGAGCAGUGGAAAACGCCAUCGUUGUGAUCAAAAUAUAAGACCCGCCAAAAAUGCUUGUCCGCGUGCUUCAACUGAGACCGUUGCGGAUUGCCCCAGUACUGGAUGUCGUCGCAAGAACGCCCCUACCACAGAUGUUGAUGCUCAGAAUGCGCUUCGCACUCUUUGCGAGCAUUGUAAUGCGAAUUCGCCGACCCACAAUAACAAGACCUGUCCUGUGUGCAAUAUAUGCCAACUUUUGAGAAUGUUGCCGCAAGCGCAGGGCUCCGGGAGUUGCAUGCCCAUUCAGUAUCCUAACCGAAGGAUGGCUGGGAAUAACACGAAAAGGAAAUGCGUUCCAGCUGGUGCGAGGAAUAUGAAUCCCAGACCGGAGUCAAAGGGUUCAGUUACAUAUCCAGUAGAAUCCGAAAAGUCCACGCACAAAUAAUUGGCGCUCUAAGUCCAAAUCGAGAUUUUCCCAAGGCGGAACGGGUGCGAAACAGGGAGAUAAUCGUAUUAGGGGAGGUGCAAAAUCACUUCAGAAACCUAAAGGUGGGGUGGCGACUAAUCGAUAUAAGGCAAUGCAAUACAAGAUGAAGAGCUGCCUGGUUGUGGUUAGGUCGGACGAAACAGUAUCCGAGCUCACCGAUCGUGGGGAUAGUGAGGAUGAUAUGCCACGUUGUUCCAAAGACAGAAGGGUUCCGUUCUUUAGGAACGCACUUGCAAGAGCCAAUUUUGUGAAGCAACAUCAACAGGAAUGUUAUCGUUGGUCCUUUUUAAAACCACACUAUUCACAAGCCAACACUCACAAUCCUACCACCCUGAGGCCUAGUGCCACAUUUGUAGUUCCUUCCGAGUAUGAGUUACUGAAACAAUUCAAGAGCUGUGCAGCCAACGACCUUGAUUGGUCAAAUGUUGAGCAGAGAGAUCAUACUGAUGGCGAGUGCCCCCAUCACUAUAAUUUGCAGCAAAAUCAUUUACAUUUUAGCGGACAUAACGGACACCCCAUGGGAUGCAAUUCUGGCUGGAACUGGCGAAAAUUCUUGCCAUACUCCAACUAUUUCAGGAGCCAUUGGCCGUGCAGCUACAGAAAGCCAACACAACUUCCCAUGAACGCUGGCUUUUCGACAGCCUAAAGCCUCGCACUCAAUAAUAUACGAAAUCUAUCAAAACUGAAUAAGCAAUUUUUAAAACUUCAUUAUGAAAAGUUUUGGAAUCAACAAAAUUAUAAACCACUAUCGAAACUUUGAUCAGCGAAGAGGGGGUGGCAAGGAGAACAAGCCAGCGAAAGAAGACUAUGAAAGCGACAGUAUGCCAGAUGAGUGCCCACAUCGCGAUGCGGCAGUGGUGCCAACAAUAAGUCCAGACUCACAGGGUACUGGCUCCUCGUCUGAGGAUAAAGAGACCUCCCAAGAUCAAAAUGCGUCCCAAAAAAACGGUGAAAGUAUUUAUGUACUCCGGAAUUGUAAUCAGUGUAACGAUUACUCGAUCAAACGCUGCGACAAAGGCUUCUGCCCAAAGAAAACGGACGCCCUGCCAUCCCAACCACCGACAGUACCAUCGGCCAUCAUAAACGCCAUUCUAAAGCGAAGUGCCAGGGAGAAAAAACGGAAGAGAAAGCAUAAAUAUUCCGAAAGAAAUCCAGGAGGUAGGCAGAGCGAUGCGUGCCAACUGUGUGGACGGCAAUUCAAUUGUGACUCCCAAGAGGGUUUUGAUGGGGUUUGUGACUAUUGUGCGACAAAAAUAAGAGGGGCCCUAGAUAACUUUUAUGAGCAGAAGGUUAGCCAGGGGGACCAGGAUUGCAAUGGACAGCAGCAGUUCAAUGUAAUUGUUCUUCAGGACGAGAACGCAAGCUUAAUCGAACAUUUGACUUGUGCUCUGAGCAAAAACAAUAAUGAUCUCUCGAGAACAAACAGUGGCUAUAGCAACAAACAGAGAUGCGAUCAAAUACUUGAAAUGGCCAAUGAGAGAAUGUGCCGCUCAUCUCAGCCAGAUGCCAAUCAGGCGAGAAGGUCAAGCAGCUACAGUCGAUGGGAUGGCUCCAACCGCAGCAUAAAUCGUCUGAGUUGCCAGCAAAGAUCCUGUAGCCAGGACAAGCGAUACGAUUACGGCAGUCGUCGCAAUAGUCGCCAUGAACUUAGAGCUAAAAGCUCGUGUGAUUUGCAGAACUGUCUGCACAAAACUCUGCCUUCGGAUGUGCAGAACGAUGAUGUGUGCUGUUGUGAUUGUCCACGAUGCCGAAAAGAUGCUCAGGCCGGACUUAAACUAUCCGCUCUUAUUGCAGAGGCGCUCGAAAUAUUUAUAAAUGCGUCGAAAGCGCCCAAAAAAAAGAAGGCUAGAGUGAAAGCGGUGAGCGAUGGGGAAGGAUCAUCAAAGAGCGGUUCGAAACCAGCUUCAAAAUCCGGAUCAAAGGCGGCAUCGAGAAAUGCAUCGAAGGCAGCAUCUAAAGUUGGUUCUGGUAUUUUGAACUCCGGCUCCAAAGUCUCUUCCAGGGGCAUUUCCAAGAUAGCAUCAAGAGUCUCACAAGUUAGCUCCUUGGGUAGCCGCACCAAAUUGAGAAGACGCUCGAAACGGCUUAGUACAAAGGCGCCAACUCCGAAAAAGGAGGCGAUGUCUGGGUCCGGUCCUUGUUGCUGCCAUGGCUUGGGCAAUGCCUUCGGCAAUUUAUUAAAUCGUCAAAACGCGUUCGUCUUACCAUACGACAUGGGUGUUAUGGGUUCCGCGAGUCCUGCUGCAAAGCCCGGACGUAGUGCUGGAGACGGAAUCGGACAAUUUGGCAGUCACAUCGAAACACGGCCCAUCAAUUCAAGGCACAAACGUUGCUUUGAAUGUCCGUGCGAUAAUAAGAAUAAGGCAAGCAACGCUCGUCCAGCUGCCUUAGAUAUCGGAAGUCCAGGACCACUCAAUCGUUUCUCUUCAAGUGAGCGCUCCGUAACGGCUUACAAGGAACCCAAGCAUAGCAAAAAGGGCAAAGGACGUAAGUCUGGGGGUCAAGUGCAAAAUCAAAAGUCCAAAACCAGUACCCCCGUAUUUAAGGGACUUCGUCCCAUUGCACACUAUAGACCCGGCAUGCUUAACCUGCCGAUAGCCGCCCUCAAGGUGGGCAACUGUAUCGGACGUAGUGUCGUUCGGACGGCUGCUGGCAUAACCCUGCAUCAGAAGCCCUGCGAGUUCGUGGAUGUGGCGGAUCGGCUGUCAAUGCAUUGGAAUCGCUAUCCCUCGGCGCAUAAUAGAUGUAGAAGGAAUUUUUCUUGAGAGCAGGCUAGCAAGGAUUGUUGUGCCCAGCAAAAGAGUAUAAGAGUUCAGCGCGUGCUCUCAGAAAUUACGCAUUAAAUAGCCCAGAUUACAAUCUCGACCAUAUAAUGCAUAAUUUCGCUCAGUCGCAAAGUGGUUUAUAGUUUUAGUCUAAAUUGCAACUGGAUUAUUCUCACAUUUCUUCCAAGCAUUUGCACUAAAUUCUAAUAAAUUAGCAUCCAAAUUUUAAACCACCAA